AUUCUUCGCAAACUAGGGUACCUAGAGGAUCGUUGUUAAGAAUUAACAAGAAGACUGAAGAACAAGACACGCAGCCAUUCCUUGUGGAAAACUAUACAAAGAGUUCACAAUCAUGUACAAAAUGAAGUACUACCUCUUUGGCUUGAUGGUGAUGGCUCUAGUAAUGGUGAGAACCACCAAGAAGAUUGAUGCUUUCAGCACGGGCCCCGCACUUGCCCAAAUCCCAAGGCGAUCAUCCACAACCUUGCACCUAAAGGACAACAAUGACCAGGAACGAAGAGGCUUCUUCUCUUCCGUGAAGCGAUUGUUUGGUGCCUCGGUUCUCGUGGCAGGAACGGGUGUCAAGCCGCUUCCCGUUUUGGCGGACGAGACUGACACGAGCUCCUCUGGGGGAAGAAUUGUAGAGAUUCAAGUAAGCAACCUCGAUGGCGGCGAAUCUGGAGUAAUCAAGAUCCAAAUGAAGCCUGAUUGGGCUCCGCGAGGUGUAGCGAGAUUUGAAGUAAGUACUUGACACUAUCGUUUACAAAGCCUUACUUUUUACUGAUAUAUGACCUUCUCUCACUUCACUGAUCGUUUCCUGAAACCCGCCGCAGGAACUUGUUGCGAAUGGAUUUUACAACGAUUGUCGAUUCUUCCGUGUGCUUCCGGGAUUUAUUGCUCAAUUUGGGAUCAAUGGCGACCCAGGCGUCAUGAGCAAAUGGCGCAGCAGCAGCAUACCCGACGAUCCCGUUAAGGUUACCAACAGUCGAGGAACUGUUGUCUUUGCCACCGCAGGACCUAACACACGCACCACACAAAUCUUUAUUAACACACGAAAGCAAGGCAACGCGUUCUUGGAUAAGCAAKGAUUCUCUCCAUUCGGAGUUGUUCUUGAUGGAAUGGAGAUUGUUGACAUGCUGUACGCUGGAUACGGUGAAGGUGCACCAGGAGGCAAAGGGCCUAACCAGGCUUUGAUUCAAAAGAAGGGAAACUCGUACCUCAUCGAAGCCUAUCCUAGUCUAUCCUACAUUUCGAAAGCUACAAUUUUGAACUAACAAAGAAUUACCACCAUUUGAAAUCAUGGAAGCAAUUCAUGGUAACAAAAGAAAGCAUGGGGUACUAUAUGAUCAACAAAUAAAUUAGAAGACAAAAGCAACAAGAAUGAACGAUGCAAUAUUUUCAUCAUAUGAAGUACGACAAUUCUAUGAUAAAUAUAGGUGUGAACGUAUGGAAUCUCGGAGAAAGUCAACUGAAGCACUGCUCCGGGGUUGAACUUUUGUCAGCUGCAAGAAAUGCUUCUUUGCGAAAAAAGAUAUUGUUUGAUUUCAUCACACCACAGUUUGAUCUUGCAGCAGCGAUGUCUCAGAGUUAUCUUUCAAGACGAAAAACCUAUUCAUUCAAAAAAAUAGUGGUGACCACUUAUUUCCCAAUAAUACUGUCGCAAAAAGAAUUUUACCACGUCAUAAAAUUGUUUCGUUACUGUCUGGACCAUGUUGAGCCCCAAAUGAAUGAAAGAGACCAAAAUGUCAACCGAGGAAGUCUUCCCAAAGUUUAUUGGUACUUGCCUCGCUGAUCUAAACAUCGUAUUUCCGAUAGCUACAAGGAAAACUCAACACCGUCUCGAUACGUAGGUCCACGACAAAUGAUACUCUGCACCCGUUUCUUAGUUUGAAACAUAAAUUUUAUUAUCUAUGGACUCUCCUCGUCGGCCAUGUCUAGGUUCUUAAAGGCAUUUCCAAGCGAAUUGAGUUUGUUGACAGCCACAACUGUUGAUACCGCGGCCUUGAACUUUCUCUUGGCGUUAAAGGCCCUGAGUGACUCGAGGUUUUUGUCGAGGCCUCUCUUUGCCAGCGUCUUGCCAUCUCCGCAAAUCCAUGGAUUUUCGAGCGACUGCUGGGCACUGAGUCGGAGUUCUGGAUCAACGGUCAGCAGGGAUUUGAUUAGGUUUCUUGCUUCCUUCGAAACCGUUCCCCAAUAUUCCUCGUGGAAUUCGUAGUCUCCUCGUUUGAUUUUUCGAAAGAGCUCUCGCUGAGUGUUCUCGAUGAAAGGGGGGUAGCCUCCCAAGAGAAUGUAGAGGAUGACGCCGACGGACCACAUAUCGGCUCGUUCGUCGUACGGGUGUCCCUCGAGAAUCUCGGGCGCAACGUAUCCCGGUGUCCCGCACUGUGUAGUGAGGCUCUUUGGCUUUAGCACCUUCUUUGCGAAUCCAAAAUCUGCGAUUUUGACCUGCGAGUCGUCGUUUUUGCUGACCAGCAACAGGUUUUCGGGUUUCAAGUCCCGGUGCGCUACCUGAUUCUCGUGCAGGUAUCCAACGGCGUCAACCAGAAUCUUACAAGUAUCCCGGGC